GAACAGUGCAGUGACUCCAUUGUCAGUAAGACACUUGUAUAUUUACGGAGUGGUUGAUUUCUUCAUCAAUCAAAUCCUUUGGUUUUGAAUUCAACUGCUCCACCGAUAAUAGGCCAUGGCGAAGGGGGGAAAGAAGUCUCGAGGUCGUCAGAACCCUCCUCCGGCUGCCACAGCUGUGGCGGCCACCACGAAGAAGAAGGUAAACAGUGUACUCGCUUCUUCCUCCUCGUCCACUGCUGUUUCGGAAGAUGGACUUUCUGUUGAUGACCUCCUUGGCGUUGCACCCAAACUGCUCGACGAAAUGGCCCAACCAGAAAAGCCAAGAUUCGCUGCCCCAUUCCGCAAGAACAGGGUCCCCAGCCUUGGCUUUAAGCUGUACAAGGUAGAUGGGGUUUCUCCUGGCGCUGCAGUUUGGAUUCCUGAGGAAUGCAUAAGACCCAUUGAUGCGGGCUUUACUCAAUUACUGUUCUUCCUUAAUUCUAUUUUUAACCCAUGCUGGAACUCCAUUGAUAUGAGCCUCGGAACUCUCUUCUUCCUUGAAGAGUUCCCACGCCUGUAUCAUUGGGAUGACCUAAGUGAAAGCACAUUUGAGGAGUUUAGCAGAUUGAAUCAAAUAAGGAGUCUGGAGGAUAAUGGUGAGAGAACUGAAGAACUAAAGGCUUGUAAGAGGUUGAAGAAUCCACUGCUACCAGGGAAUCACACUUUGUACAACUUCAUAGGACUUAAACCACAUAUAAAGGCAAUUGUAAUGACCUCCAAGCCUAAGUUCUUAUCAGAAACCACUAAAUGUGAGGGGAUUCUUUGGAAUCAAGAGGAAACUGAGCAGUUUAAUAAAGGAAAAAGAAGGAUUCCUAAGCUAGUGUUUAAUACUAAUCAAGCCUUGCCACCUACCCUUACUGUGGAUGCUAUCAAGACCAUACUUGCAGUAAGUCAGCCCAAGUGUAUGCCAAAUACAAAGGGAUUAAACUAUUAUUUUGAGAAACCCUUUGAGAGGGAACACAUGAGCGUUGAGAAGGCGAAUCAACUAUUUGUAGUGGAGGAAGCUAGAGAUACUGACUUAGAGGAAAAGCUAAUACACUCUGAUUUAGGUUAUCAAUUGGAGAGGGACAACCCUUCUAUUUUAGUAAAUGCUUCCACUGAAUCAAAGGAAGAAUUGUUGCAUAUCAGUUCAGACUGCCAACUGGAGGUUACUUCCUCAUGGAGGGUUAAUGAAGGUAGUCCACAAAUGGAUGCUUCACCUUACAAGUACCGAAUCAAGAAAAGAGAAAAGAUCGAACAGUCGACUAUGAUGUUAUAUGGUGGUGUAGUGCAAAUUAGCUACAGCCUUGAUGACUCUCUAGUGGUAUUAGUGGGGAAGCUACCAAAGGCAAAGGGCGAGGAUACUAUAGUGGAGAUUGCAGAUAGGAUGAAUGGGUACACUCAUUAUAUGGCACUAACUCACCCCUAUACUGCGGUAGAGGCGGCCCAAUAUUACCUCACAAUUCACGGGGUUGACUUGCAAAGGACUCUCUCCUAUCAUUCACAACUAAAUGGAUUAAGUGGAAUGCUUAGCGAGGUAGAAACUGUAAGGGAGUGGCCCGUCCCCACCAAAGAGAAAGAGUUAGUAGCAGUGGUACAUGAUGAUAUGCUGCAAACAACAAAAGUUGCAGGAUGUUAUGGGCAGCUACCAGUACACAUCCUAAAUGCUGGGCCAGUAAAAUGGGAAUGUACCGUCCUGCGAACGCCACUCCUCCGCCAGCCUUCAACGCCCUUCCUCGCCGCCGACGAACGUUCUUGCCAGCCACGCCAGCCCUCCUGCCACGCCGUCCCGCCCAGCCCCGCCAGCCACGCCGUCUUCCCCAGCCGCGCCGUCAUCUCCAGCCGCUCCACCAGCCGUCGCCCCCCGCCCACCAGCCGUCGCCACCCGUCGUUCACGCCGCUACACGCCAGCCGUUUCUCUUCCCCGUCGGACAUCCUCUGCAUCUUUGCCGUAGGCGUUUCUAGAAUGAGUCCAUUCAAAAAUCGUGAGUUGAUGUAUAAGAAAUAUGAGAGAGAAGGUGUUGUUAGUCAAGAAUGGGUGGACAGCGUGGUUGAGUUUGUAGAGUACUUUGGUCCGACUAGGAUAAACUCUGUUCUUGAAGAAGAGCCAAAUUCGACAGACAAGCACUUCUUCGAAAUGUUGAAAGCUGCUGAUACAGAUCUUUGGCCGGGGAGUUCUAAGAUGUCUCAGUUGUCUGCAGUUGCGCGCUUGUUGAAUAUUAAGUACCUCAAUCGCCUUAAAAGAAUGGUGAAAAAUAAGGCUCGCGUAGAAGGUUCCAUAGCCAAUGCGUAUUUAGUCCGAGAGGCAUCCUACUUCUGUUCUCAUUACUUUGAAGAACACGUUUACACGCGAGCAAGAAAUGUGCCUCGUAAUGACCCUGAAUCACGAGAAGGUGUUGAUGUUACAAAUCAAGAGAUUUUUGACAUAUUUCAAUCACCAGGACGGUUACAAGGGAAAAUGCGUAAAAGGCAACUUACUCCGGAGGAGCUAAAAGCCGCACACCAUUACGUACUCUUUAAUUGUCUGGAGAUUGAUCCUUAUAUUACGUUGUGCGCAAAUGAGAUUAAAGAGUCUACAUCACAGAUUAGUGAAGAAUCCCUGUUGAAACGUGUAGAGGAGACGUUUGCAAAUUAGUUCCAGAAACACGAAGAGAAUGAUAGGUCUGUCCUGGAAAUAAUCAGUGAUGUGGCCA